AUGGACCAUCUGGGUGUUUGGACGACAAUCUCAUCCACAUCUCCGCCUUCCAAUGAAGUACCUUCUCCUGGACCUGCGCUCCGACCAACACUUCGGAGAGCCCGAUCAGUAGGAAGUCUUAUGCGUCGUUCACCCGGCAGCGAGCCUCUUCAACUUCUACAGCACUCAAAAGAGGAGGGCGACAACUACGGCAUCCUCAAAAUACCAAACCGGGGAUUGAGGAUGGCACACAGAUGGGGGCGAAUGCACAACCUUCUCCUAACCCCUACUCCUCUACCCAGCACAUGGGAACACCUCAUCUGCAAACAAUUCCUUACUCGAGGCCCUCCUCCUGAGUUCAGCAUGCAAGAUGUUUUGAACGCAGCGCCACUAGACUGCUUCCAAGUUCGUCAAGGAGCUGCGACAAAAUACGGAUUUGUCAAAUACGGCCCAGGUGUGAUGGCACGAGAAGCCGCAGCGAUGGAACUCCUCCGAGACGUAUCUCGGUUGCCGAUUCCUCAAGUCCGACAAGUGUAUCGCGUUGGGCACCGCAUCCAUUAUAUUCUCAUGGACGAGGUUAAAGAUAUGACACUCUAUGAUGCGUUGAAGAGCGGAGGAUAUCCACUGAAAGAAGAGGACAUUCGUGCUAUUGCGUAUCAACUCGGUAAACUGAUCCGACAUCUCCAGUCUUUGCCUGCUGGUGACCGGAUGGGAUCAUGGCCUUUAUGUCCUUACGACGAUCAAACUUUUGUCCCCCCUGCAGGCUCAGUCUUCUCCAACAUCGAUCAAUUCGACGAGUAUCUGCUGUGUCGACUCGAGCGGCAGUUCUAUUGGCCGUCACGGAAGUAUCUGGAACUAAGUCGGGACGAGUACCACACAAUGCGGCAGCGAGAGCAGCGACUUGUUUAUACCAACGGCGAUAUUGGUCUCGACAGCAUCACCAUCAAACAAGAUGAGACUGGGAAAUGGCGCAUUACAUGGUUCUUGGACUGGGGCACAUUUGGGAUAUUUCCACAAUGGUACGAGGGCGCGCAGCUAAGACACCGCAUAGGCAGCGAGUUUGUAACCUUGAAGGCACCUGGAGGGUGGUGCGAUCAAUUUAUGGACGCAUAUGAAGAGGGACGUGGUUCUGUAGAAUGGAGUCCCCCAACUUAUGCCCUUUUCACCGUCGAGGCUGCCCUUGGCGACCCUUUCGAGGCUGGCUAG